AGGCGGCGCCGGCGAUCAGAGCAGUGCUGGGUGUUCAGGGGCCAAGAUGGCGGCGCGCCGGGGACGGAGAGACCGAGUCGCGCCGCCUCCGACUGGGGGCCCCGGUCCUGACCCUGGCGGUGGAGUGCGCGGCGGCAGUUGGGCGAGUCGAAGCCAAGCGCCAUAUGGGACCGUGGGCUCCGUGAGCGCCGCGCAGCAGGUCCAUGAGGAGGGGGAUGACGCUAGUUUUGUGAGUCUUUCUCGACUGGGCCCAUCUCUGAGGGAGAAAGACCUGGAAAUGGAGGAACUGAUCCUGCAGGAUGAGACACUCCUGGAGACCAUGCAGAGCUACAUGGAUGCCUCCAUUAUCUCCCUCAUUGAGGAUUUUGGAGAGCAGAGCAGGUUAUCUUUGGAGGACCAGAAUGAGAUGUCACUGCUCACAGCUCUGACUGAGAUCUUGGACAAUGCCGAUUCUGAGAACCUGUCCCCAUUUGAUACCAUUCCUGAUUCAGAGCUGCUUGUGUCUCCUCGGGAGAGCUCCUCUCUGCACAAAUUGCUCAAUCUCUCUCGGACACCCCCAGAACGUGACCUCAUCACCCCAAUUGACCCUUUGGGGCCCAGCACAGGUGGGGUUGAGAUGUCCCUUGCAGAGUCUCCAUGGGACUUCUCUCCACCUCCCUUCUUGGAAACUUCUUCCCCUAAGCUGCCUAGCUGGAGACCCUCAAAACCAAGAACUCGAUGGGGUCAGUCCCCUCCUCCCCAGCAGCGCAGUGAUGGAGAAGAGGAGGAGGAGGUUGCUGGCUUCAGUGGUCAGAUGCUUGAUGGUGAAUUGGACAACUCGGUGAACAAUUUGGACUUCCCCAUGCACCUGGCAUGCCCUGAGGAAGAAGACAUGUCGUCAGCAGCAAAUGUGGCAGUGUCAGCCCCUGGUGACGAGAGCAUCUCCUCUUUGAGUGAGCUGGUGCGGGCCAUGCAUCCGUAUUGCUUGCCCAACCUCACUCACCUGGCCUCACUUGAGGAUGAGCUUCAGGAACAGGCUGAUGAUUUGACACUGCCUGAGGGUUGUGUGGUGCUGGAGAUUGUGGGCCAGGCAGCUACAGCUGGUGAUGACCUGGAGAUCCCAGUCGUGGUGCGGCAGAUUCCUUCUGGAUCUCAGUCUGUGCUCCUGGAUGAGUCUCUAGGGACCAAUUCUGCCUUGCAGCUACUCAUGCCCACCAUGGAGUCUGGGACAGAAGCUGCUGUGCCUAAAGUUGCUGCUUGCCCUGAUCAAGAGUUAUCACUGAAUUCUGCCUGCUUAUUGGAGCCCAGGGAAAUCAUGGAGACAUUGGCACCCAAGGAGCCUCAGAAUCUAUCUGCCAAUGCAAGUCAGGGUUCUCAGAAAGUUCCCAGAAAGGGCAGGAAGAAGAAGAAGAACAAGGAGCAGCCAACAGCCUGUUUGGAAGGCUAUACCAGGAGGCUGAGGUCAUCUUCCCGUGGACAGUCUACUGUGGCUACAGAGGUGAACUCUCAGGCUGGCAGCUUACAGAAACAGCCUCAGGAAGAGCUUCAGAGAGAGGCUGCGGUCCCUCAGAGCAGAGGGAAGCCGCGUGCUUGGGCUCGGGCAUGGGCAGCUGCCUUGGAGAAGACUGGGUCUGAGAACUUAGAGACAAGUGCAGGACAGGAAAGUCCUGCUGAAGAAGAUGCUCUAGAUCUCUGUCCUAAGCUGGCUGAGACUAGCCAAGCCAUCCCCUCUCUUUCAUUAAAUGACUCUGCUCAAGCUGACUCCAUGCCGCUUGACUCUGCUGAAGAUGAUCCGCCUACAGUCGGCAAUGCCGUACCUGUUGACCAGGCUUCAUCUAGUACUGAGCUGGUUGGUCCUCUCCCAGUAGGCCCAAUGCUGACUAGCCCAGUCAUGCCUGACAGGACAGGAAUUGAACCUGCAGUGGCUGUUCCCACUUCAGGUAACUUGUCUCCAGCUGAUGCUAUCCUAGCUAACACAGUGGCAGUUGACACUGUUCCAAAUGACCUGGCUCCAGUAGAUCCUGUGCUAGUUAAGUGCAGACCAACUGAUCCUAGACGUGCGGCAGCAGUGGCGGCAGCAGCUGCUGCUCAGGGGAAUCGUCCUUCCCUAGGGUCCACAGACCAUCCUAAGGUCAUCACUCCUGAAGUCAAGGAUGGUGUAGGUCCUCUGAAGGUGGAAGGUAGUACCAGUGCUACAACCCAGGAAGCCAGACCUCGGCCUCUCAGCCUAUCUGAGUACCGUCAGCGAAGGCAGCAACGGCAAACAGAAGCAGAAGACAGGAAUUCUCAGCCCCCAGCUGGCAAGUGGCCUAGCCUCCCAGAGACACCCAAAGGGCUGGCAGAUAUCCCUUGUCUCGUUCCAUCAGCCCCAGCCAAGAAGACAGCUCCACAGAGAAGCCCUGUAGCUGUACCAGAGACUUGUUUUGUGUCUGGGGGUUCUAACCCUGCUUCUCCUACUCCUGAACCAUCUGCAAGCAAACUUAUGGUUUCAACUCACUCUGAACAGGUGUUAUCUCAUGAGAUGCCGCUUCCAGUUAGAGCACUCCCUCCUACUUUGCAGUCUGUGGCUCCUGCUGGGCCCGUCCCUUCUACAGUGCCCACUCCUUUGCCUUUCCCUCCGAGCAUACCUCCUCUGCUUCCUUCAAGUGGUCACGGAGUCCCCAACCUGCCCCCGCCUCCCUUGCAACCUCCUGGACUUCCAGUAUCAAUGAGACAAAUGCCACCUGACCCCUAUACUCAGUAUGCCCCUGUGCCACCCUGGCCUUGUUACCCCUCUGUGUCCCCUUCUGGCUAUUCUUGUCUGCCCCCACCACCAACGAUGCCCAUAGUGUCUGGUACUCCUGGUACCUAUGCUGUACCCCCAACUUGCAAUGUGCCUUGGGUACCCCCUCCUGCACCAGUUUCACCUUACAGCUCCAGCUGUGCCUAUGGAUCCCUUGGGUGGGGUCCAGGGCUGCAACAGCCUCCCUUUUGGUCUACUGUUUCUCCAUCUCCGUUGUCUUCAGUCUCUACUGGAAGAGCUGUUACUCCAUCCAAUGUAGAACCCAGUAGUAAUCCAGCUGGUCCUCCUGAAGAUAUGCUUCCUGUGCCAGUGACUCCUUCCCUAAGUUCUGGGCCAGCCAGCCCCAAAGCUCCACCAGUAGAACCUACAAAGCUGGAGGCUCAGCCAGUGCCUGUAUCUCCCCAACCGAAACACAAAGUGUCCACCUUGGUACAGAGUCCCCAGAUCAAGGCUCCACCAACUCUGUCUGCUGAGGGUAUAGUUACUGGGGAGUCUGUAUCAGAGAGGCUAAAGCCUGAGACCCAGGAGAACAGACCAAGGGAGAAACCCGUCUCUACGGCUAUCAAGGCUGUUCCCAUACCAAAGCAGAGCACUGUUGCAAAGCUGCCUGCUGUCCAUCCAGCCCGUCUAAGGAAGCUGUCCUUCCUGCCUACUCCACGCACUCAGGGUCCUGAGGAUGUGGUACAGGCAUUCAUCAGUGAGAUUGGGAUUGAAGCAUCAGACCUGUCCAGUCUAUUGGAGCAGUUUGAGAAAUCAGAAGCCAAAAAGGAGUGUCCUCUCCCGGCUCCUGCUGACAGUUUGGCUGUAGGAAACUCAGGCAGCAUUGACACUCCCCAGGAGAAGAAACCCCUAGACCGGUUACAAGCCCCAGAACUGGCCAACGUGGCAGGGCUCACCCCUCCAGCCACCCCUCCCCACCAGUUAUGGAAACCCCUGGCUGCUGUCUCACUGUUGGCCAAAGCCAAAUCUCCUAAAUCUACCGCCCAAGAGGGAACCCUGAAGCCUGAAGGAAUUACAGAGGCCAAACCUCCAGCUGCAGCCUGCCUCCGAGAAGGGGUCCAUGGCCCUAGUCCAGUCCAUGUGGGCUCUGGAGACCAUGACUAUUGUGUCCGAAGCAGGACACCCCCCAAAAAGAUGCCUGCUCUAGUCAUUUCAGAGGUGGGCUCCCGAUGGAAUGUCAAGCGCCAUCAGGACAUCACCAUCAAACCUGUCUUGUCAUUGGGCUCAGCUACUCCCCUACUCCCAUGCACAACUACUUCCCAGGAGCCACUUGAUCACAGGACUAGCACUGAGCAGGCAGAUCCUCCAGCGCCUUGUUUUGCCCCAUCCACCUUGCUGUCUCCUGAGGCCUCACCCUGCCGGAAUGACAUGAACGCUAGGACUCCCUCUGAGCCCCCAGACAAGCAGCGGUCAAUGCGCUGUUACCGAAAAGCCUGCAGAUCAGUCAGCCCCCCAAGUCGGGGCUGGCAAGGCCGCCGUGGCCGCAGCAGCCGUUCUGUCAGCUCUGGGUCCAGCCGGAGCAGUGAAGCAUCCUCGUCCUCAUCGGUGUCUUCCUCAUCCCGGUCCCGGUCCCGGUCCCUCUCCCCCCCCAACAAGAGGUGGCGAAGGUCCAGCUGCAGUUCUUCUGGACGGUCCAGAAGGUGUUCGUCCUCUUCCUCCUCCUCUUCAUCUUCCUCCUCCUCCUCAUCCAGUUCCAGAAGCCGGUCUCCCUCUGUGUCCCCUUGCAGGAGAAGUGACCGGAGGCGGCGGUACAGCUCUUACCGUUCGAAUGACCAUUACCAAAGGCAGAGAGUGCUGCAGAAGGAGCGUGCAAUAGAAGAGAGAAGGGUUGUCUUCAUUGGGAAAAUACCUGGCCGAAUGACUCGGUCAGAGCUGAAACAGAGGUUUUCUGUUUUUGGAGAGAUUGAGGAGUGUACCAUUCAUUUUCGUGUCCAAGGUGACAACUAUGGUUUCGUCACUUACCGUUAUGCUGAAGAGGCAUUUGCAGCCAUUGAGAGUGGCCACAAGUUGCGUCAGGCAGACGAACAGCCCUUUGAUCUCUGCUUUGGGGGCCGAAGGCAGUUCUGCAAGAGGAGUUACUCUGAUCUUGACUCCAAUCGGGAAGACUUUGAUCCUGCUCCUGUAAAGAGCAAGUUUGAUUCUCUUGACUUUGAUACAUUGUUGAAACAGGCCCAGAAGAACCUACGGAGGUAACCCUGGGCAUUCCUCCCCCACCCAUUUCCUCUGGAGGUGUCCAACCUCUUCCACCCCCUCCCCCACUCUCGGGGAGAGAGCUGCUAGUGUGGAAAAUGACUGUUUUAUAAGGAAACGGAGAAAACGUUAAAUAAAAAUGUUAAAUCGGGAUUUUUAAGUGGUAUUUGGUUUUUAAUAACAGGUAUUGAACAAAUUAACUUGGAUUUCUAUGUAAGGUGGGUCUGAGGGGAACAUCUAAUAAACAUGAACUAGAGGGAA